AUGAGCCAGUCGGUAGGAUUUGAGUGGGGGUUCAAGGCAGGCGGCGAAGGAAGGCCCAGAGCGCAGGGCGAUGGCGCGGGCUGCGCAGGCGCCACGGCGGCAGCGAACAGCCAGCAAGGAUGCGGGCACUUGGUGCACAUGAGCUACAAGGUAGGCAAGCCCAAGAUGAAGCGGCGUCUUACGAACGAGGAGCACGGGGGCGCGCGGCGCGCGAAGCGCCAGCCGGCGCAGUUCAACGUCAUCCAGGGCCAGCCCCUUCCGGUGCACCGCAAGAUAGAGAUGAUGGACAAGGCGGCGUUGCAGCUGACGCUUCUGCAGCUCGUGGCGAUGCACCCCGAGGUGCAGGACUCGCUCUCGGUGCUUCAGCCGACGUCGCCAGACCCGGCCAAAUACACAGAGCUGCUUGAGCAGAAGAUGCAGGCGGUCUACGACCACAUCCCGUAUUCGAAGAGUAGCGACAUGUUGAAUGACUAUGCAUUUGUGCGCAUGAAGGCUGCGAUACUGGAGUUUUUGAACUGUUUGAUAGACUGUCUUUUGGACGCCAUUCCACCGCGCACCACAAACUUGCUCCAGUCUUUCAAGUUUUUGGCUUAUGGCACGCGCCUCUUGGCGCAGAUGCCGCACUUCGAGACCGAAUCCAACAAUUACUAUAAGAACAUUUGCUAUGAGCAGGUUUCAGAGAUAUGGAACACUCUCAUCAGGCACGCCUCCUCGGACAUCAACUUUUUGUCCACGAAGCCCAGCCUAUUGCAUUACCUCCACGAGUUGAAACAAUUCAACGAACAGACCAAGGGGAAGUUUGACAUACCGUUGCGCCUCUUCUACACAAUCAUGGAUGACUAUCAUACGCAGACGGUGCCGGCCGCGGCUGCUGUGGCAUCCACAUCCGCCACCGUUGCCGAGGAAUUAAACGGCAACAGCAAGAGCAUGGAGACACUCGGUAUCUGGAAUAACGUUGCUUAA